AUGGCCGCCGAAGAACAAAAGCUGUCUUCCCCCAAGAUAGUACUGCUGCUGGCUGCGACUGUAAUGAGCGUGUUUCUUCCUAGCCUGGACAGGACUGUUAUCUCGACUGCUAUACCACAAAUCACCAACGAAUUCGACUCCCUCUCUGAUGUUGGCUGGUACGGCAGUGCGUACCUGCUGACAUUCUGCGCAUGCCAACUGCUGUAUGGCAAAAUAUAUUCCUUCUUUCCGGUCAAAACAACUCUCCUGACCAGCAUCCUCAUCUUUGAGACCGCCUCUGCCCUCUGUGGAGCGGCACCCAGCUCGACAGCCUUCAUCGUGGGCAGGGCAAUUGCUGGGAUAGGUGCAGCCGGCAUCACAACUGGAGCAAUGGUCUCCAUUGUCUUCAUCGUCCCCCUCGAGAAGAGGCCUAUAAUCCAGGGCCUCAUGGGUUCUGUCUUCGGCAUUGCAACUAUCAUCGGGCCUCUUGUCGGCGGGGUCUUCACCUCGGACGUGACAUGGCGGUGGUGCUUCUACCUCGACCUCCCCAUCGGCGCAGUAGCCACAGCCGUCAUCAUUCCGUUCCUCCACGCAGCUGACCGGGACACUAUGCAUCUCCCGCUGCAGACGAAGCUCAAACAGCUCGACCUGCCAGGGACGCUCUUCUUCGUCCCUGGGAUCGUCUGUCUCAUACUGGCUCUCCAAUGGGGUGGCCAGACCUACGCUUGGAGCAACGGGCGCAUCGUAGCCCUCCUCACUCUGUCCGGCGUCCUCCUGGUUGCUUUCGCCGUGGUUCAGGCCAAGCUGCCCGCCACUGCAACACUGCCGCCACGCAUUCUCAAGCAAAGGACCAUCAUCUCUACUGCCUUCUCUGGCGUCUGGCUGGGUGCUGGUAACUACAUCUUCGUCUACUUCCUGCCCAUCUGGUUCCAGUCCAUCAAGGGCGUAUCCGCACAAGAUUCCGGCAUCCGUCUACUCGCUCUGAUGCUUCCCGUGGUGGUCGGCAGCAUCUCGGGCGGCUUCAUCAACGGGAAGAUCGGGUACUACAACCCUCUCGCGCUGCUAGGGUCCUGCAUCAUGACUAUCGGAGCUGGACUCCUCACGACCCUCCACACCGACACAAGCACGGGUCAGUGGAUCGGCUACCAGCUCCUCUACGGCCUCGGCUACGGGUGGUCGUUUCAGGUGCCCAACCUAGCAACACAGGUUGUCCUGCCCAAGAAGGACAUUCCCACAGGCCUGGCCUUCAUGGUCUUCUCGCAGCUCCUGGGCUCGACGAUCUUUGUGUCUGUGGGCGAGAAUGUGUUAAGCACGCAGCUCCUCAAGCGGCUCUCCGGGGUGGCGGGGAUCGAUGCGUCCCUGAUCACGACGAGCGGCGCGACGGGCCUGCUUGCCUCGGUCCCUGCGAGCCUGAGGGAGAAGGUGCUGGUGUCGUAUAAUGAGGCGCUGAGGGUGGUGUUUUUGAUUGGGCUCGUGGUGUGCUGCUUGGCUGUUCUCGGGCUUGCUGCGAUGGAGUGGAAGAGUGUGAAGCCGAAGGGUGGUGAUGCGAAGCCGCAGGGGGCAGCAAGGGCUGAGGCGGGAGGAGAAGGUGGUUUGAAGGCGAGCGAGGAAGGGAAAGUGAACUAA